GUGCGCGCCGCCCUCCUGCUCCCUCGCCCGCCAUGGGGCCAACUCACAACUCCUAAGGCUCAGCCUCGGAACACGGGAAAUCACAGAAGCAGCAAGCAGACGCCAAGAUGAGUUUCCGCAAGGAGGAUGGCGUGAGCAGCCUGUGCCAGAAAGCACUGCACAUCAUCACCGAGCUGUGCUUCGCGGGCCAGGUGGAGUGGGACAAGUGCUCGGGCAUCUUUCCCGCUGAUAGAGCCAGCCAGGGAGGAGGCGGCACAGAUGUCUCAGUGAGCCUGUUGGCAGUUGUCGUGAGCUUCUGUGGCCUAGCCUUGUUGGUUGUCUCCCUUUUCGUCUUCUGGAAGUUGUGCUGGCCAUGCUGGAAGAGCAAGCUUAUGGCUCCCAGUGUCAGUGCCCUUCCGCAGAGCAUUUCAAGUGCUCCAACUGAAGUUUUUGAGACUGAAGAGAAAAAAGAAGUUGAAGAAAAUGAAAAGCCAGCACCAAAAGCUAUUGAGCCUGCAAUAAAAAUCAGCCACACUUCCCCUGAUAUCCCAGCUGAAGUACAGACGGCUUUAAAGGAACAUUUAAUUAAACAUGCUCGUGUGCAAAGACAAACCACUGAGCCUACGUCUUCAUCCCGCCACAACUCCUUCAGGAGACACCUACCAAGGCAAAUGAACGUCUCCAGUGUUGACUUUACCAUGGGCACUGAACCGGUUUUACAAAGAGGAGAAACAAGGACCAGCAUCGGGAGGAUCAAACCAGAGCUCUAUAAGCAGAAAUCAGUUGACUCCGAAGGCAACAGAAAAGAUGACAUCAAAACCUGUGGGAAACUUAACUUUAUGCUCCAGUACGAUUAUGAAAAUGAACUCCUCGUUGUUAAUAUUAUCAAAGCUUUAGAUCUCCCAGCUAAAGAUUUUACAGGAACUUCUGAUCCUUAUGUGAAGAUCUAUCUUCUUCCAGACAGGAAAAAGAAAUUUCAGACGCGUGUCCACAGGAAGACAUUAAAUCCUCUGUUUGAUGAGAUAUUUCAAUUCCCAGUGGCCUAUGAUCAACUAAGCAACCGGAAACUACACUUUAGCAUAUAUGAUUUUGACAGAUUUUCCAGACACGACAUGAUUGGAGAAGUUAUUCUUGAUAAUUUAUUUGAAGUCUCCGACCUCUCAAGGGAAGCCACAGUAUGGAAAGAUAUCCACUGUGCAACCACGGAAAGCAUAGACCUGGGCGAAAUCAUGUUUUCCCUUUGCUAUUUGCCAACCGCUGGGCGUAUGACUUUGACAGUGAUCAAGUGCAGAAAUCUGAAGGCAAUGGACAUUACUGGGUCAUCAGAUCCUUAUGUUAAAGUGUCUUUGAUGUGUGAAGGCCGAAGACUUAAAAAACGGAAAACAACCACAAAGAAAAAUACUCUUAAUCCUGUGUACAAUGAAGCCAUUAUCUUCGACAUCCCUCCAGAGAAUGUAGACCAAGUCAGCCUGUGCAUUGCGGUCAUGGAUUAUGACAGGGUGGGACACAAUGAGGUCAUAGGCGUGUGUCGAACUGGACUAGAUGCUGAGGGUCUUGGGAGAGACCACUGGAAUGAAAUGCUUGCCUACCAUCGAAAACCAAUUACACACUGGCACCCCUUGUUGGAGCUACCUGGCCGGGCAACCAGCUUUGAUAGUCAAGGAUCCUGCUCUUCUCCAAGACCACCAUCCACACCAUAAAACCUACAAGUAAGACCAUGUCACAGAAAAACCUAAAUUCACAAGCUCAUCAAACCAGA